UGUUUGUGAGCAUAGUUUGUAUGUGAGUUGCAAUUUGCAAAAGAAAAGAAGUGAUCAUUUAUCUUAACAACCUAUUUGUGAUAUUAAAAGUACCCAUUUUCGCCUAAAACCUGUAGAGCACAAGGGUAACAUGUCAUCCGAACAAUCGAACGCCGCAAACAAUGGUGCGAAGACAACCGCCGAAGGGAAUAAAGCGAACUCCGCCGCGCCGAAGGUGGUGUUGACCGAAGACCAGCAAGCAAUAUUUAAUCGCAUUGCGAAGAAUGAAAAUAGCGAGCUGCGAUUGCUGCUGUCGCAGCACAAAACUAGCGUAGAUUUUGUGGACGAGAAUGGGAUGACGCCGUUGCAGCAUGCCGCAUACAAGGGUAACAAGGAAGCGGUUCGGCUGCUGCUGGACCAGGGAGCGGAUGUGAACUCGAGCAAGCACGAGUAUAACUACACGGCAUUACAUUUCGGUGCCCUGUCCGGGAAUGCGGAGGUAUGUCUGAAUCUACUGCUGGCCGGUGCCGAUCCAAAAGCGAUUAAUUCCGUCGGUCGAACGCCGGCCCAGAUGGGUGCGUUUGUUGCGAACCACGAUGCGGUCGGAACGAUAAACAAUUUCGUACCGCUGAAAGAGGUCGAGUGCUAUACGGUUGAUCGUGGCCAAAAAGAACCCUUGCUGCCGGUGGUAGUGCUGGAACCGUUCCAUAGUUUCAUAAUGCAGGUUAACAUUCACCCAGUCCGGAUACUGUUGAACCUGCAGAAGUACGGUCUGUUUGCCUCGGACAUGAAGAACCUGCGAGCGGUGCUGGCAGACAUGAUGGAGCGUGAGAUGAAACGGCGCGGUGAGAUAAACGAGGUCAUGGCCUUUAAGUAUCAUUAUCUCGGGUACGUUAUGGGAGAAAUUGUGAAGCAUCGUGACUACAUAAACUCGCGGCGCGAUGCGCAACAAGAUCCAAAGACCGAUUUCGUGGAGCUGUUUGCGAAGCGAGUUCUCAAACCGAACAAGGACGGUGCGCUAGAAUACGUGGAAGCGCUCGUGCGCGAAUGUGUGCGAGAAUUUCCAUUCCGCGAGUGUACCAUCUUUCGGCAGAUGGUAGCACAGCUAACCAGCAAGGAUAAUGUUGCACCGGCGCUCGAUAUUGCCCGAGCGGCAAUAAACGGACAACGCGGGUUCCAGGACACGAUCACCUACUGCAGCUCCUGUGGGGAGGAAAAGCCGGACAAAAAGUGUUCCAAGUGCAAGGAGGUACAGUACUGUGAUCGGCAGUGCCAACGGUUACAUUGGUUUACCCACAAGAAGGUAUGCAGUCGACCGUCCGUAGCAGCGGGUGAGGCACAGAAUUCCGCCCCGAAGGAUAUCGAUUCGACGGAAAUUAGUGAGCAGCUACAGAAGCUUGUUGCUGGUUGAGAUGCGAAGGGCAGGAAAGUGAUCAGGACACUCGCAAAUAGCAUUAUUAUAUGUCUGUCCCAGUGUGUGUGUGUGUACUGUGUUGGUGUGGUUGGUGGAAAAAUUCGAUGGCCAUGUUAGUUGGGUAGAGAGGUUUAACUAAAAUGUCGCAUUUUUCAUGGUCAGUGUCGGUGUAAUGUAACCUUGCAAUGAGAUCUAUCAUGGUUCCAAUAAAUGUUGCUGGUAAAACUA